AUGAAGUUCCUGUUUUCCGCUCUCGCCACCGCCGUCUCCCUCCUGGCCGCCGAAGCCGCCGACUUGUCGAAUUGCGUGGCCGUCAACUUCACGGAGCGCGCCGCCGACUUCACGUCUCUCAACGCCGUCUUGGACCUGGCGGUGAGCAGCAACCUGCUCUCCAGCUUCAUCGACGACCCGCUCGUCAUCGAGGAGACGAACGUCGCGGCCGAGUCCUUUUCGCUGCUGGGCAUGGACUUCACCUACACGACCGACAUCAAGGACCUCAACAUCACGGGCACCACGACGGUCGUGCCGCGCCACAUCAACGUGACGUCGCACGACUCGCUCCAGCUCGGCGCCGACUUCUCCGGCAACCUGCAGAUCUGCUGGACCGACAUCCUGCACCCGGCCACGUGCUCCCCAGCCGUGAUCGCCGUGGACAUGACGCUAGGCCUCGACCUGCUCACGCUCGGACUCAACGGCACCUUCGACAUGCUCGGCUGUGCCGCUGGAUUGGAUCUGCUGCUCUCGCGGCUGCUCACGCGGUUCGUGGACGCGUCGAUCCAGGACAUCGCGGUGGGCUUCGACUCGAUCACGGCGCUGGACGUGGCGUUCAAGGACGAGAGCGUGCUCAUCUCGCAGCUCACGAGCGCGCUGCUGGACUUCUCGGCCGACGAGAUCAACAAGAAGGGCGCGACCUACAAGGUCGUGGUUGAAAUCGUGGACAAGGUGGCCGCAGCCAUUCUCAACAAAGUGAUCGAGGACAAACUCAAGCCGAAAUUCGGCGCCACGUGCCUCGGAACGCGCUAA